UUCAUCAUCUUGGCGCAUUUUUUAGCGUCUUUAAGUGACUAAAAGAACAGAAAGUCAGAUAUCUUGCCGCGAACAUGUCCAAAAAGCUGAACACAAGUGCCGGCGGCACGUCCACAAAUACCCUUUUCAAUUAUUUCAGUAAAUCACCGGCGGUGGACAAAAAGAAACUAACGCCCAGCAUUAAGACAGAAACCGAAAAAGAGAAUCUACCGGUGCCUGCCAAGAGGAAACUAGGAGUCUCGGAUGACGAAAAUGAGAAGGAGAAAGAGAAGAAGACCAAACGUAAACGCAUUAUUCAACCCGAGUCGGAGAGUGAAGAGGAAGACUUUGAGGAAACGAAAUCCGAAGAAGAUUUCUCAGAUGAUGGAUCCGAAUAUAAUCCGGAUGAAAGCAAAGGUAAUAAUGAAGCUUCAGCAAGUGAGGAGAGCGAGAGCAGUGGCGAGGAUGAAAACGAAGAUGAUAUGGAGGUGGACACUGAUGAGGAUGUCGAUGAUUCGCCGAUCAAGCCCAGGAAAAAGAAUCUAAACAAUAAUAAUAAUGAACCUGCAAGCAAACGGGUGAAGUUGGAAACGAAAGUUGCCACCGGCGGAACUUUCCAGGAGAAAUUGAAACAAUUACAGAGUAAUGCCAAAACAGAUGCCGCCUACGAUGAGAUGAUUGUGACCAGUACGACCAAUUCAAAUCUGGAUGAGCCUGUUGUCUGGCCACAUCAUAAGUUGGAAUUUUUGCAACCAGACAAGAUUAAGGAUAAGGCUGGACGUCGACCAGAUCAUCCAGAUUAUGACAAAAGCACAUUGCACGUACCCGAGAAAUUCUUAAACUCCCUCUCGCCCGGUGUUCGUCAAUGGUGGGUCCUCAAAUCCGAUAAUUACGAUUGCGUUCUAUUCUUCAAAGUGGGCAAAUUCUAUGAGUUGUAUCAUUGGGAUGCCGAUGUGGGUGUUAAUGAACUCGGUUUCACCUAUAUGAGAGGAGAAUUUGCUCAUUCCGGUUUCCCAGAGAUUUCAUUUGAUAAAAUGUCCACCAUACUGAUAGACAGAGGCUACAAGGUGGCCCGUGUGGAGCAGACCGAAACACCGGACAUGAUGACUGAACGCUGUAAACGUAUAAAGGCCACGAAAUUUGAUAAGGUUGUUGCCCGCGAGAUUUGCCAAAUCACUGAUCGCGGUACUCAGGUGUUUGGCUCCCAAUGCGCCAUUGGACCAAAUCAUCAACCGAACUACAUGUUGGCUCUGGUCGAACAAGAUGCCGGGACGACAAGUAAAUUUGGCAUUUGUUUCAUUGAUACAUCAAUGGGGGAUUUUCAUUUGGGUGAAUUUGAAGAUGAUAAAAGCUGCUCCCGUCUACUAACGUUGCUCUCGCAUCACAUGCCCGUUUUGUUAAUCCAUGAAAGAUCAUCACUAAGUGCACGUACCCAGCAAAUUUUACGCACUGUCUUGUCGGGAAUUCUGAAAGAGCAAUUGCCCUGCUCUGGUUCGCAAGUAUGCAACGCGGAGAAGACAUUAAAACUCCUAGCUGAAGGCUAUUAUGCUCAGGGUGAUACUUGGCCGGUUACUUUACGUUCCAUGCAGUCGGACAUGGAUCAUUUGGGUCUCACACCUUCGGAUGAACACAAGUUGACGCUAAAGGCAUUGGGUCAAUGCAUUUUCUACAUUCAAAAAUGCAAGCUGGAACCCAAGGUAAUGCCUAUGGCUCGCUAUCAGCUCUACAGACCGCCAGAUGAGAUAGCGCCAGACGUAAAAGCUUCGCAGGCUUCACAAAUUUUAAAGAGGCGCUCACAUAUGGUUUUAGAUGCCACCACUCUAAGCAAUCUGCGAAUCGUGGGAGAAGAGCAUUCUCUGCUAGCCACCCUGGAUCAUUGUUGCACUAAAAUGGGCAAACGAUUGCUUCACUAUUGGCUCUGUGCUCCUAGCUGUGAGGUGAAUGUCAUUGAGGAACGUCAAGUGGCCAUUGGCGAGCUUAGACAAAUGUCCGAGCUGCAGGAAAUGCGAGCUUUAUUAGCCCCCAUGCCUGAUUUUGAGCGUCAUCUGGCUCAGAUUCAUUUGUUUGGCACCAAACAAGUCAAGGAAUCCCAACAUCCUGAUUCCCGGGCCAUACUCUUCGAGGAGAAACUAUAUAAUAAGCAGAAAUUGUUAAGUUUUAUGGGCAUAUUGAAGGGUUUCGAUGCCCUAACCAAGAUACCAUUGAUGUUCCAGCAAUGUGAGAGUUCAUUGCUGAAGAGAAUUACCCAAUUGCCAAGCCAUGCGGAAGGUGGCCUCUUUCCAGAUCUUUCGUCUCAGUUGAGAUACUUUGCCGAAGCCUUUGAUCACGAGGCUGCAGCCAAAUCGGGUGUAAUUGCACCUCAACCAGGAAUGGAUGCGGAAUACGAUGCUGUAAUGGAUCGUAUUCAUGCCAUCGAGGAUCGUUUAAAGUCCUAUCUGGUGGAGCAGGAACGUCAUUUUGGCUGCCGGUUGGCCUACUUUGGUGCAGACAAGAAACGCUAUCAAUUGGAUGUACCCGAAUCGCAUGCCCACAAAGCUAACAAAUCCUAUACACUGGAGGGCCAACUGAAGGGUAAAAAGCGUCGCUAUACCACAGCGGAGACGAAGACCUUGCUAAAGGAUAUGCAGCAAGCGGAGGAGGCACGUAAUGUUGUGCUCAAGGAUUUGGCGAGAAGGGUAUUCGAGAAAUUCUCGAAUCACUAUGAGCAUUGGAAACAAUGCAUCGAUUGUGUGGCCAUGUUGGAUGUUUUGGCCUCUCUGGCCGAAUAUGCCAAUCAACAGUUGGCCAUUUGUGUGCCGCAGUUUGUUUCUGGUGGGGAUCAGCCUUUUAUACAGCUGGAAGAGGGCUAUCAUCCCUGUGUUAAUGCUUCCACCUACAUACCCAACGGUCUGGAAUUGGGCACAGAAAAUGAGGCAGCCCUAUCGCUGCUUACAGGACCCAAUAUGGGUGGUAAAAGUACUUUAAUGCGACAAAUGGGUCUUCUGGUUAUUAUGGCACAAAUUGGCUCACACAUACCGGCCGCAAGUUGUCGUCUCUCCCUGGUGGACAGAAUUUUCACGCGUCUAGGUGCUCAAGAUGAUAUUUUGGCUGGCCAUAGUACCUUCUUGGUGGAACUCAAUGAAACAUCUCUCAUUCUCAAGCAUGCCACUUGCCAUUCCUUGGUAUUGCUCGAUGAAUUGGGACGUGGCACGGCCACAUAUGAUGGCACUGCCAUAGCCGCAUCGGUGGUCAAUUUCUUGGCCCAACUGAAGUGCCGUACGCUCUUCUCUACGCAUUAUCAUAAUUUGAUUGAUUUCUUUCAAAACGAUAAACGUAUCACUUUGGGUCACAUGGCCUGCAUGGUGGAGAAUGAUUCCGAUACACAGGAUCCCACACAAGAGACGGUUACAUUCCUAUAUAAAUAUACAGCUGGAGCUUGUCCCAAAUCCUAUGGAUUCAAUGCAGCCAAAUUGGCUGGCAUGCCCCAGGGCAUUAUUAAACGAGCUUAUGCUCUUUCGAAAAAAGUUGAGGCCAUUGCCUUGCAGCGCAAGAUUAUGGCCAAAAUGGUAACAGCAACUGCCAAUACAAAGGACAAUGAUGUCAAGAAGAAGCAAUUGCUUAAUCUAAAGGAUUUGUUAAAACAAUUGAAAUUGUGUCAGGUUUGAUCUUAAAUUGUUUUUGGAUUCUUCAUAAAAUAUAUAUACAAACAUUCAAUGUCUAUAUUAAGCGAUAUAAUUGUCAAUUAUUUAACAAUUCAUCGAGUUAUAUAGCAAACAAUGUUAAAUAUUUAUGAAUUUCCUAUAAUCCUUUCCGUAUCAAACAUUCAAAAAUUUGUGUGAGGCUCCUUCAAUAAUACUCUUAAAUCGGUAAAAACCACCGAUUCCAUCUUCCAUGCCGAAAAUUGUUUUUAAGAAACCAAAUGUAUACGUUUGCUUUUUAAGCCAUCGGGAAUUUAACUCAAGUAUUUGUUGUUGCAGUGAUUAUGAAUUAAAUUACCAAUUAAUAAACAUUUUUUUUUUUUCAUUAAGUUUAAUUCCCAAAA